UGUUAUACGACUAUAAUGACAAGCCCAAGACGAACUAAAAAGAAUAGUACACAGUGCGCGAUUCAAAAUUUAGACUGGGACUCUCCGUCAGCUGCCACCGGAACGGUGAAACGAAGGCGGUCGUCGUUCCCUGAAAAUACAUCUAAACAAACAGUUCAAACCCAUGAAGCGCUGUUUGAAGCACAAACACCAUCGGACUCCGGCAGUGGGACAUCCAGGAGUAUAGAUGAUAACGAUAAGUCUGAUUCUCUUGUAGAAGUUGAAGAAAGAAUAUCAUGCAUAAUCAAUGAGAGUAGAUCCAAUUCGGAGUCCAGUGACGUAGAUAUAAUUAUAGAUAACUUAUUUGCACAUCCUAGUAAUGAAAAUUUAACAGAUGUUCAAAAUGAAACAUUCGCGUGUGAGCGUAGCAAAACUUUUAUCAAAGAUACUCCAGCAAUUAAAGAGAAAUCUGAUACUCUUUCGAACACAAGCGCUCAAGAUAAGAAAAAUAAAACCAGAACACUUAAAACGCCAGCUCCGAUUAAGAAACUUAAUAAAACAAUAGACAUUGUUAAAAAUAAUUCUAAAGUAGACAAAGAAGUUAAAAAAAUCGAUGAAAAGGCGAGCAUUUUGCCUGUAUACAGAUGUUCAGUGCAAGGCGCUAACAUAGACUUAAGCUCAAAUUCACCAAAGAAAAAGGUCACAUCAAAAUUAAGACUUCCAUUUUCUCCGGCAAAAACAAUGGAUAAACCAAAGAUAAACUUUUUUCAAAAUAAAACAAAUUUACAAGAGACUAAACCGUCGCCAUUAUUGUCAUCACCAGUCCGAAGAACGAUAUCAAACGAAUAUGUGCGUUUAAAGUUUACAAACGACACUGUUAUACGACGAACUAUCGACGGCAAAUCAAUUCCAAAGAUUACACCAAAAAUCCAAUCAAUCAUACCAGAGAGUCCCAUCGACAACGAAGAUCCAUUUUUAAACUUAAGUCCCAAUAAAAAAUACACAGUUACAACGAACAAUCAAGUGAGAUGUGACAAGGACAACUACGUGAUAUUCGACCCGGAAACCGGAUUUAAUCAAGAUGAAGUUCAUAGAUCGCGAAUCCCUUUAUUAUCGCCGGAAAAAUCUCGUAUUCCUCUUAAAUCGCCCGGUGAAAAUUCCGGUGUGGGCCGCAAAUCGGCCAGUGUUAGUGACACCGAUAGUGGGAUAUUAUCUCCGAAUUCGCCCGUGGACGCGAGUGACCGAGGAGCGUAUUAUGUAAACGCCGCUGUAUUCAGUGAGUCUGCGAAGAAAUACUCGUCUGACCUUGACAUCACGAUAUUGGAUCCCGGAUUGGCGAAAAAAGCGGCAGAACAGAUUCAGAUCUACACAGACUGGGCGAACCACUACUUGGAGCGUGCCCGUUCGCGUCGCCGAGCGGGCACCUCGGGCGGCGGGCUAGCCCGGGACUGCGCAGAUGGACUGCUCCUCGCGGAUGUGUUGGAAGGAGUCACGGGGCUCAAGGUGCCGCGGGCUCAUCGCAAGCCGCGGAACGCGCAGCAAAUGUUGGAGAAUGUUCAAUGCUGUUUGGAUUUCCUUCACGCACAAAAAGUCCAAGGAUUAGAACAAGUUACAGCUGUAGAUAUCCGGGAUGCGAAGUUAAAAGCAGUGUUAGCUUUAUUUUUCGCGCUAAGUAGACAUAAACAAGCGUCAAAACAGAGAAUAGUGCCAUCUACCGGCAAUGCUGCGAGCGUUGGAAAAAACUCAAACGAAGACGUUUCAUUAAGUUCCUUACAACGAGCAACAGGGGGCAGCAGCUGCGAUGAAAUUAUAACAGCCUGUGGAAACAACGUCGAAAUGACGACGUUGACUGCAAAUAGGCAAGUGUCGGUGUUGCAGACGUCGAUCCCGCUGCCGGCGUCGGCGGCGGCGGUGCGGCGCGCUCCGCCCGACAAACGACCGCUGCCCGCCACACCAGUACAUGCAGGUGGCAAGAGUGGUCUUUCUGCGAGUUCCAGCCGCUCCACCAGUCCAUUAGGACAGGGUGCAGUCAGUUUUAUACCACGUGCGCCUAAUUCAUCAUCUGGAUCCCGGCCGAACUCGUCCCUCCUUGCGCCCAGUAGCAAAAUACCCUCCACCGCAACACAAGGGCAACAGCAUUCACAAACACCCACAGCCCAAAAUGGAACACCCACAAAGCAGUCUAUGCUUGACAAGUUAAAGCUAUUCAAUAAAGACAAAAUUAGCAAUGAAAAACAAAACAGCAAAAGCACUGCAGUAUCAAAACGCACCAGUUCUUCCAGUGGUUUCUCAUCAGCAAAGAGUGAGAGAUCAGACUCCAGUUUAAGCCUUAAUGAGUCUUCUAACAUACCCAACACACAUAUCAAAUCGUCUAAUUUAAUAGGACCUAAAACAAUACGGCAACAAAGCGAUACUUUAUCAAAAGACAAAUCUGGUAAAAAUUUAAAACCUAAGUUAGUUAAUUCUAAAUCUCCUAGAGAUUCUACAACUAACUUGAAUAGGGCUAGUAGCAAAACAACUAAUAAUGAUAAAUCGAGGAAUAGUCCAAAACUUCCUGCUAGGGAUAAGGAAUCGAAACUAGCCACACCUAAAACCAUGAGUAACACAAAACUAAACCAAGUUGAAGAUCAACCGAGGGGUUCCAAAACUAAAGUGGAAUCGAAAAUGGUAAAGCUUUCCGGUAGCCAAGUUAAGCUGAGUGAACAAAGAUCCGAUACUCCACAAGACUGUAAAGAAAAUGUAACUCCUAAUGCGAAAAAUCAUCAGAGUCACUCUCAAACACCAUGUGGAGGACAGGGAUUUGGAACUCCAAACCAUACAGGAAUACCUAAACCGACUGCCGCUGUCAAGGGAACUUUUAAAAUAUCAAAAGACGAUAGACAUGUUAUACAGAAAAGUACAAAUAGUCAAUUAAGUCCUAUACAAAGCAAUUCUAGUUUAAAUUCUACAAAUAACAUAAGUGCACUUCCAUUCUGUAGAGAACAAUCUAAUUUAAGUAAGGAUAUAACUCAAAAGCAGACACUAGCCGUAUCCCCGAUGCCGGUUAUGAGCACAGGGAAUCAAAAUCAUAGUUCGCAAAUGUCUGAAAGUUCACACUCCAAUUCUACGCACAGUACUACAGGCCAACAUUCGAACUCUAGCGAUAGCAGCGUUAUAUACCGUCCUUCUAGCGAAUCAGGUUCUGAAAUGUCGAAGACUGCUAGUCACAGUGUGCCAUCAAAUAAACGGCUAGACAUGAAUACUACUUAUAUAAAUGACGUUAUAAACGAAGCAGAGAUAUCAGAAAAGGAGGCAGCACAAAGACGUCACGUCGAUAAUUCAAUCCCCAAGCAAUCGUUUGAUCCCAAUAAAACGUUAACCGAAAUAAGUAGGAGGCUCGAAAGUGAUAGUAGAUCUAGCACACCGUCGCAUUGUCGUGAUAAUUCUUUAGGCGAAGACGAGAAUCCAAUGAUGAAUGUUUUACCAAUGAGACCGUUACUUCGCGGAUACAACAGUCAUUUAACCUUGCCCAUGAGAACUUCAGGUUUGGCACAGAAAAAUAUAAGCGUUUAUCCACACCACGCAAAUACUGUAAAAGCAAACUUUGGACGGGAAAACAUAGGUCUUCGCGAUCGUAUAAACUAUGGGCCUGGUUUUUCGAAUCCUGAUUAUUGUGAUCUGGAAAUUGCUUCGGGAUACAUGUCUGAUGGUGAUUGUUUGAGAAGAAUUAAUAUCGGUGAGAUGGAAUGCGGGAGGAACAACGACAUGAUGGACGGCUAUAUGUCCGAGGGUGGUGCUUCACUCUACGGUCGUCGGAUGAACUACCAGCAACCACAAUUUCAACAAAUGGACGAAAGACGAAGUGGUGGUCGCAAUAGAGGCAUGGAGGGUGGUAGUGGUGUAGUCUACAGAGUAGUGGGUCGCACACGCAGCAAAGCCGACUCCGGACAGCAGACCGAGCGCCAGCCUCAGCCUUCCCGGCAGGACACCACGUGGAAGAAGUACACUGACUCGCCCGGGGUGGGGACACCGCCAUUGAAUCAGCCAGCACCCGCGCCUCCUAGUCCAUCUCACUCGCGCAAGGGUGAGAGACGAACUGGCCAUCAUUCACCGCAGCACCACAAACGAGAAAAACUCACUGCAGCUCAGCAGCUUGGGAUCGCACCUCAUCCUCAGUAUGCCGCUCCAGCUCAAGCAGCUAACCCUGCUGGUCAGCAUUCCUCUAGAAACCCAGGCCCACAGCUCCAGUCUCCGAGUGGAGGGUCGCGUCCCUCCAGCGUCUCUAGCGGUGGUAAUGGCAGUGCCUGCUCGUCGAAGGCUAAAGUUCCUCAAAAUUUUGGAUAUGUGAAAAGACAAAACGGUGUACAGCAGCCGGCACCUCAGGCCAACGGUCCACCGCCGCAACAUGGAGGCCACACUGGAAGAACCGCCCAGGUGUCUGCAGUGCCAAGAACUAAAGUCAAAGUUUCGGGAGGAACCCAGACAUGCACACAGGAUUUACAGAUUCACAAAAAUGGUAUCGGACCUAAAUCGUAUUCUCUGGGCGGCACCGCGGCUGCCCAACUGUCAGCGUCAGUGCGAGAGAGACUGCUCGGGUCACAAUCACUACCAAAACCUGGAACACACGAGUUCGCAGCGUUAUUCCAUCACCACAGAAUUGCACCCAGAGGCGGCAUGAAGAUCAGCGAUGGCAGCCUUUCUGACACACAGACAUACUCUGAAGUGAAAUCAGACUAUGGGAUACCCUACGCGCCCUGGCUCAGGCAUAGCAACACAUACUCGGCGAGCGGGCGGUUGUCAGAGGGAGAGUCGAUGGAGUCGCUCACGUCGCUGCACUCGGCGCAGGCGCAGGCGCACAACCACACCUCCUCCCCUAACUCCCACCGCAGCUCACUCACACACAAUAAGCUCAUCAUGCACCGAGAUGCACAGGGCUCCAGGCUUAACAGGAGCAACAGCAUUAGAUCGACUAAGUCAGAAAAAUUAUAUCCGUCGAUGCUACAAAGGUCUUCAGAGAGCGAUUAUGAACCGUAUUAUUGUUUACCUGUGCAGUAUGGACCAACAGGUCAAGGUCUAAACUAUGGUGUGUCGGAGCCGCCGUCGCCGUCGCCGCGCUCGGCGCUGAGCCCGACGCACGCGCCCGGCAACGUCAUGCACACGCCGCGCCACUCACACCACUACCCGAAAAAGAACGACGAUGUGCACGGUUCGACGGCGUCGCUAGUGUCGACCGCCUCCUCGCUGGCUGCCGGCGCAGGCGCAGAAGAGAGGCACGCCCAUGAGGUGAAUAUAAAUGUGCGAAAGCUGAGAAGAGAACUGGCCGAUGCGAAAGAAAAAGUUCACACUUUAACAACGCAGUUAACGACCAACGCGCACGUGGUGUCCGCAUUCGAGCAGAGUCUGUCGAAUAUGACGCAGCGCCUGCAGCAGCUCACCGCAACCGCCGAGAGAAAGGAUUCGGAACUGACGGAGCUUCGUCAAACGAUUGAGUUGCUGCGGAAACAGUCGAUUCAAGCUGGUCUGACUACUGCUCACAUGCAGUCCAUGGGAAUCCGUGCCGAUGGCGUCAACGUCACUGGACAGCAGGACCCAACAACCCAAACGCAGCAGUCAUCACCACAACGUAACGCACAAACGGGCAACGGUGCGAUCACGCGGCAUCUAUCGACCGACAGCGUGUCGAGCAUCAACAGCCUGAGCAGCGGCUCCUCAGCGCCUCACGACAAAAAACACAAGAAAAAAGGAUGGCUACGCUCAUCGUUCACGAAGGCAUUCUCACGGAACGCGAAGAUAUCUAAAACAGCGAAGCACUCGUCCCUCGGGCAGCUGUCGUCACAGGACAGCUCGUCGGGCUCGCAUCACUACGACGACCCGCACACGAUACGAGAGGGCAGUAAUGAGAACAGUCUAGAACAUUCCCACGAGGCUCUUCCUGAUACUAAGGAGAAGCCGGCGCCUGUCAAGCCUGAAGAACAAACCAAAGAUAACAAAGAGGAAUCUGUCUUGGUGGAUGAGCUGAAGCGGCAACUGCGCGAGAAGGAUCUCGUGUUGACCGACAUCAGACUGGAGGCGCUCAGCUCCGCGCAUCAGUUGGAGAGUCUCAAAGACACCGUUAUAAAAAUGAGAAACGAGAUGUUGAACCUGAAGCAAAACAACGAGCGUUUGCAGCGGCUGGUGACGUCACGCUCGCUCGCCGGCAGCCAGAGCUCGCUCGGCACCGGCGGCUCCGCCGUCGAGGACCCGAGGCGGUUCAGCCUCGCGGACCAGGCCACCAUGCACCAGGCGGCGAUCGACAUUCACGCCCAGCCUCUCGACCUCGACUUCAACUGCAUGUCAGCCACACCAACCAUCGACUUCUCGAAGAAAGGUUCACCCAAGUCCGGCAUGGUGGAGCCCAUAUAUGGGAAUAAGGCUGCCUGCGAACUGAACGAGAACAAUGAGACGCUGCUAGGAGCGUUGAAUGGGGCCAGCGAUUUGUUCUCCAACGGACUCAAUGCUGGAGAGCGGCUGAGUGGAGAUUACGAUAUAAACAGCGUGUUACCGCCGCCUAAAACACGCGAGCUUGCUAUUGGUGAAAGCUACUCUGAUAUUGGUGUAGCAGACAGCCAGGGAGACACGACUGAUGGAAAGAAAAUAGCGAUAGCUGUAUAUUUAGGUCAACCCGAAACAUUCCAAAGAUAUUUCGAAGAGGUCCAAGACACAUUGACGGAGUCCGAGUGCAGAUUCUACGCGAAGCAAUCGGCAAGCGCGUACAAUCAUUUCGAGAAACAAGCCAGUUUCGAAUCGCCGAGAAUGUCCACGAAUCACAGUCCAGAAGUGGAGACACAAGACUACCCGCAAAUAAAUAAGUCGAACACGAAUAGCCUUAAAAGCAACAAAUCUACGCACAGUAGCUCGUAUAAGAAUGUUUAUAAUAGUGAUUCGACAAUAAACUGCAACGAGUACACUAUAGCGUACACUUAUAUAUCUGGCAAGACGACUUGGCAGAAUUUAGAUUAUAUAGUUAGGAAGUCCUUUAAGGACUACUUGUCUAGGAUAGAUUUGGGCACGAAUCUCGGUCUGAACACUGAUUCUAUAACGUCGUACCAUUUGGGUGAAGCGACGCGUGGGCCGGAGAUCGGCUUCCCGGAGCUGUUGCCAUGCGGGUACAUCAUAGGGACCGUGAACACGCUGUACAUCUGCUUGCAAGGAGUCGGCAGUCUGGCGUUCGAUAGCCUUAUACCAAAAAAUAUUGUAUAUAGAUACGUUUCUCUGCUAUCGGAACACAGGCGAGUGAUACUCUGUGGUCCCAGCGGCACCGGCAAGUCAUACUUAGCGGCGAAACUCGCUGAAUUUUACGUCCAGAAAACACAAAGGCGCGGCAAUCCCGCCGAAGCUGUAGCUACAUUCAACGUGGACAGAAAGUCGUGCAACGAGCUGCGCGCGUACCUGGCGAACAUCGCGGAGCAGUGCGGCGCGGCGGCCGCGGGCGAGGAGGCGCCGCUGCCGUCCGUCGUGGUGCUCGACAACCUGCAGCACGCCUCCGCGCUCGGCGACGCCUUCGCGGGGCUGCUGCCGCCCGACAACAGGAACAUGCCCGUUAUUAUCGGUACCAUGUCCCAAGCGACGUGCAACACCACGAAUCUCCAACUACAUCACAACUUCAGAUGGCUCCUCACCGCUAACCACAUGGAACCCGUCAAAGGAUUCUUAGCUAGGUAUCUCCGAAGAAAGUUAUUCUCGCUGGAGCUGCGGCUGGGUCGGCGCGAGCCGGCGCUGGCGGCGGUGCUGGAGUGGCUGCCGGGCGUGUGGGCCGCGCUCAACGCCUUCCUCGAGGCGCACUCCUCCAGCGACGUCACCGUCGGGCCGCGGCUCUUCCUCGCCUGCCCCAUGGACUUGGAGGCCAGCCAGGCAUGGUUCGCAGACGUGUGGAACUACAGCAUAGUGCCGUACGCUUCGGAGGCGGUGCGCGAGGGCAUCGCGCUGUACGGCAGGCGACGACACGCCGCCGUCGACCCGCUGCAGCACAUCAAGUCUACAUACCCCUGGAGAGAACCCAAUCACUCGCAUACUUUGAGACCCAUAACAGUUGAUGAUGUUGGCAUCGAAGAGUCAAGCCAAGACUCCGCCGUGAACAACAAUCAAGAUCCUCUGUUGAACAUGCUGAUGCGGCUACAAGAAGCGGCGAACUACAGCGGAAACCAAAGCCAGGACUCUGACAACGCCAGCAUGGACUCGAACCUCACACACGACAGCUCUGUAGGGAACGAGCUUUAAAUAUCGUACAGAGCUCACGGCAUACCCACAAAUAACACCGAUCGUGUCAUUAUAAUAUGACACCAUUCGUGUUCCUGGCCAAUGUAAUUUUAAGAGAGUGUACAUUGUUGUAGCCGUGUUUUGUCAUUGUACGCUUGAAAUAAUUUACACUGUCAGUUUGUUUACUAUGACAAAAUACCGCUUUUUAAUGCAAAACUUGUUAGUGAGGCCGUUUCGAAUGUAAUUAAAUGUCACUCAUUGUUAUUCAAACUUGCAACUGCUAUACCUACUGACCCUGGUCAGUAAGUGUAAUGCAUUUUCGAACAAAGUUCACUAGUUUCACUAAGAUUAAUGAGUAACAUUAAAUUAUACGUGUAAGGUCAGAAAAAACACCAGAAACUAUUUAAUUAUAAUUUUAUAUGUACUAAUUGUUUAAGUAUAAACGCGUUAUUACGUGAGAGCUAUACGAUAUAUAAAGCCAAAUAUUUGCCAUUAUUUAUGUUAAUUUAUUUAAGUAUCCUAGAUGUUGCUUUAAUUUCGAAUAUUCAAUUAUUAGGAAUGCUUGAAUUGAUAUUUUUACUCGUAGUUACUCGAUCCUUGGAAGGACUUGCUCUGCAGUAUUUGUGAGUGCAGCAAAUAUUAUUAGCAAGAGUAUUUCUACCUUUCUAUUACCUAUGUGUUGAUUUGUAAAAUUACGAAUGAUUUACUUCGAAAUUAUUUCUUCUGGUUUCAAUGAUAAUAACAGUGCCUGAAGCGAUAAUUUUUCACGUUUUGUAUGAUACUAAUCGAACACUGUAGGACUGUUACUGUUUAUAUAAAGCAUUUUUGGCUUUUACUAUUGUUAUAUUUUUUCAAACUUAGGAUACGGACCGCAUUUGUAUUACUGUGACAUGUAUGUAAUAUAUGAAUGUGUAAUUUUUAUACAAUUUUCAUAUUAAAACUCAUGUACCUAAUAAAAGUAUUUAGGUGUAAAUAUGUUUCAUAUUUUUUUCUACGCGAUUACACUAACCGCUAUUACGCCGUAAACAGUUACUUUUGUAUAGAAAUAUGUGACUAAGUUACUGUGUUUGGUAUGGAUUGACUUGUGUGCAUAAAUGAAACGUGAUAUCUACAAUCUAUGCUUUACAGAAAUUGUGAAAUAAACAUUGAUUAUAAAAUCUC